ACGGUAUUUCCAGAGUGGUGGCCCCUCAGCUCUAUAACAAGAAAAUGCGACACCGGGCUGGUCUCUUGGCUGCUGUAUAUCACAGAUUUAACCAGUGUCGCUUUUUCUCACCACAGUUCCGCAGGAUCUUCGACAUGUCAUUGCAGAAAGUUGUAGUGACUCACGAGAGUGAGACACCCACGGUGUGUCUCUCAUUUAGGUAUAAGGAAGACAGAUUAAAGGUAGACAGAAUUUUCAAUCUGCAAAGGUCCACUCAGGAAGACCUGGGUAAUAUAUUGACCAGGAUAAGUGGAAAUAUACAGAAAAUUGCCUUCAAGAAGAACAAGAAGAGCAGUAUUGAUAUUGAAGAGAUUCCUGUGAAAAUGUUAAGAUUAGAUAAUGAGGGAAUAGUAUCAGAAGAUACGACUUGUUAUGACUCAUUUGUUGGCAGUUAUAAUAAUCAUAAAUUAUUAAUAGGAGAGAAUCAUUAUAUCAUUGAUCUUAACCCACCUAUUAUAAAGUCAAUGGAUUUACCCAAGAACAUGAUGGCUGGUUUUCCCGUUUAUCCAAAUAAAUUCGAGACUGUAUAUGCAGAAAAGGAACAUUGUGUUUUCAGGUGGUUUAAGAGUGAUCUAAAAUUUGAGACUGAAAAAGUUGCCAAGGCAAAUCUUAAUAAAAUCAAGUGGAUUGAGGUGAACGUUGGAGUUGCUUGUAUGACAACAAGUGAAGACGUUGGUAGGCUGCUAAAGGUGGUUGCCACUCCUUUUCUGGGUGAAAGAAAGGGAGAAAAUGUUGAGGUUAUGUCAACAGUACUGGUGUCUGCAUGCCCCGGUGAGUGUCCCUUUGAGCGAAGGCACCACUUCACCAGAACUCUGGCUGGAGAGAACAGCUUGCGUGUCAUCAGCUACAACAUACUGGCUGAACUCUACACUGACUCAGAUCAUGCACGCUCGGUUCUAUUUUCGUCCUGUCCUCCUUAUGCUCUUGAUAUGGACUACCGUAAACAGCUACUUACUAAGGAACUCUUGGGUUAUAAUGGAGAUUUGAUAUGCUUACAAGAAGUUGAUGAGAAAGUGUUCAAUCGUGACUUAUACCCUGUUCUUAGUAGCCAAGGAAUAGAGGGAUAUUAUACAGCAAAAGGAGGACAGGUUACAGAAGGUGUUGCAAUUUUCUGUCGCAGGAACAAGCUCAGAAUUUUAGAUCGGAAUCGUUUUAUCCUGAGCAAUGAACUCCAGAACAACACAUUGUUUGCUGACAUGUGGGAGAAGGUGCAGGCUAGUGUGGACUUGGCUGAAAGGAUGAUUCAACGGGGAACAGUUUUACAGGUGAGUGUGCUGGAGAGUGUGGAAAAUCCAUCAAAGCUCAUUGUAGUUGGCAUUACCCACCUGUACUUUCACCCAGAUGCUGAUCAUAUUCGUCUGCUGCAGGCAGGGAUCAGUCUUCAGUUGUUACAACAAGUCAUGUCUCUCUAUGAAACUAAGCAUCCUGAAAAAGAAGUAUCAUUAAUCUUCUGUGGGGAUUUCAACAGCACACCUGAGUGUGGUGUGUACCGACUCAUGACCACUCAGCUUAUUGAUUUUGACGAUAUGGAUUGGAACAUCAGUAAGUACCACAUGUUAUGA